AUGGAGAAUGUGAUCGAAGGGCAGCGCGAGCGAGCGAGAUGUAAUCUUUUGGAGAAAACUGCCGCUCGACACUGCCUCCAGAAAUUAAACUCCCUUUUUGAACAAAAAGCUUUACUUUUUAAUCAGGAACAUGUUUUCAAAUAUCAUAGGUGCAAGCUGGGAGAUCUUUCGCCUCAUGUUUUUGCUUUAGCUGAAGCAGCUUUUACCAGUAUUGUCGAUGACCAUACAAAUCAGGCGUGUGUUAUAUCUGGGGAAUCUGGAGCUGGAAAAACUGAGACAACAAAAUUUAUACUACAGUACUUGUGCACAAUCACUUCAAACAUUUCUUCGUGGAUACAACAGCAGAUCUUGGAGGCUAACACAAUUUUGGAAGCGUUUGGAAAUGCUAGGACCAUAAGAAACGAUAACAGUUCUAGGUUUGGUAAAUUCAUGCAAGUUUGUUUUGACGACUACAACUGUAUAAAAGGAUGCGUUAUUCAAGAUUACCUACUUGAACAGUCUCGGAUAACAUUUCAAAGUGAAGGGGAACGAAACUAUCACAUAAUGUAUCAAUUAGUGGCACAGGGACAGAAAAAUAUUCACAUAGCAAAGGCCUUUAAUCUAAGACCACCUGAUUUUUAUAAAUAUCUGAAUAUAACGAGUACUGAACAAAUAAAUAUAAACCAAGAGUCAAUGAAGUUCGAUGCCGUUACUAUGGCGUUUACGGUUUUACAAAUUCCACAAUUUGUAAUAGAUGGCGUUUUUAAGGUAUUAAGUUCUAUAUUAUGGUUAGGUAAUAUACAGUUUUUGGACAUUGAUGGAGAAGGCUGCGAUUUUUCAAAUUCAGACCAAGAAGCCAUAUCCAAUAUAUCAAACCUUUUGGGACUGAAGCGCUGUGAUUUUGAAAAGGUAUUACUAAUUCGUCAAAUCAAUGUUCGAGGAAAUAUUACAGAAAUUCCAUUAAAAAUAAAAGAGGCUGUGGAAAAUCGACACGCCAUGGCAAAAGCGUUGUACUCGAAAACAUUUACAUGGUUGGUUACGAAAAUAAAUAACUGUACAAACCCAGGCCAAGAUGGAGCUACAUUUCUUGGAGUUCUCGAUAUAUUUGGAUUUGAAAAUUUCUCUCACAACUCAUUUGAGCAACUAUGCAUAAACUAUACCAACGAAAAGCUACACAAAUUUUUUAAUCAUUAUGUGUUUGCCUUAGAACAAUCAAUCAUACCCGUAACUCAGCUUAAGGAAGUGCGAGAGGGAUGGAGACAUGCUUACAACAACUCUAUUUUUUUCUCAAAAGAGAAGACAAAUCAACUAAUCGAGCAGCUCGUACUCGCAAAUACCCAACGUCGCUAUAUGGAUAUGAAGUAA